GCGGGCACAGCCAAUGCAUCAACAGGCUGUGGACAGGCCCUCUGGCCAGGCUUAGUGCCGAACGGGGCGAGCGUUAACUACAGCUACACCGGCUCCGAUGGCUACACCAGACAGUAUCUUGUCCACAUUCCUCGUUACUAUUACAAUAAUAGGGCGUCCCCGCUUAUUCUGGGCUUCCAUGGUACUGGAGGAGAUGCGUAUUCGAUCCAGAGCGACUCAAAGUUCAAUGACGGGACACGGAAUCCUUUUGGAAUUGCUGUGUAUGUCACUGGUAUUGGCAACGCUUUCAUUUCGAAUCCCGACUACGGCCCAACAGGCUCUCAGUACAAGAACUUGGACGACAUCAGCUUCGUGAGAUCUCUGAUUGCUUUUCUACUAGGGAGUUUCUGCAUUGACACUGGUCGCAUCUGGGUCACGGGCUACAGUAAUGGCGGUGGUCUUGUCCAGGUGCUGGCAUGCGACCCAGUCAUGAGCUCUACUAUAUCUGUGUUCACUGGUAUGUCUGCUGCCAUGUACACAAAUAAUACCAACUCGGCUCAAGAUCCUCGCACCGUCGACCCAGCUAUCUGUUCACCUUCGAGAAACAAUGUCGCCUACAUGGAGGUGCAUGGAGUGAAUGAUGCCACCAUUAACUAUUAUGGUGGAUUCAGACGAAACCGAGUGCUUCCCGAGAUUCCACAUUGGGCUACCGAAUGGGCAGCUCGCCAGGGAUACAGCCGUACCAACACCACCAUGGCCACGGGCCCUUCUUACAUUCGAUACGGAUUUGGAAAUGCAGACAACACUGGUAUCAUCACGCAAAUCACCAUAACUGAUAAUUCUUGCAACCACUGUUGGGCAAACACCAGUCCG